AUGUCUGAAGCAGGCCAGAAGCGGGAUCCUAGCCCAAGGGACGCAGGGGCCGGACCCGCUGGGAAUUUGAGAUCAAAAACUAGAACCUCCUUAGACGCUGCGGUGCUUGAUUUUAUAGCCACCAGCGACCGGCUUAGCAAAUUUGAAAGCCAGAUUUGUGCGGCAUCCUCGUCCUCUGCCGAGCCUAAUGCUUUUACACUAAAGAUCCGCCUAGACCAAAUCCAGUCCCUCUGGGACAAGGUUGAGCGGGAAUACGAAGCAGUCUCCCGUGAAGGGCUACACGAAGGAAGUGGCGAAAGCGUUCGGCAGCUUCAGAGCAAAUAUGAGAAUUGCUACUUGGUUUAUGAGAGGUGUGCUUCCCAAUUAAACGAACAUAUUGCCCGUCUGUCCGCCCCCAGUUCUCAGGGGAGUUCAAAUCCGUCCGUUGAGACGUUCUCGAAGGGUUGCAGGCUUCCGCCAUGUGACACGGAAAUCUUCACUGGAGAUUAUCUGCGGUGGCCCACCUUCCGGGACCUAUUCACAGCGAUCUACAUCGAUAAUUCCAGGCUGACUCCAGUAGAAAUAUUAUUCCACUUAAACGCCAAAACAAGCGGCGAAGCUCACGCUAUUGUUAGCAAGUCCCCCCUUACAAAUUCUGGGUUCCAAUCCGCAUGGUCUGCACUUCAAGAGCGUUUUGAAAACAAGCGACUCUUAGUAAAUAGCCAGUUGAAGGUUCUGUUCAAUCUCCCGAAGAUAAGCACCGAAUCAGGAACGGCCUUGAAGGAUCUUCAGAGCACGAUUCAAGGGUGUUUGAUUGCCAUGGAACACUCAAAUGUCUCCACAGAAAAUUGGGAUUGCAUUCUGAUUUUCUUCUGCUCUUCGAAGUUGCCAACAGUCACUCUCUCAUUAUGGGAGCAGUCGUUAAACAACAAGUCCGAAAUUCCUACCUGGGACGAGAUGAAUUCGAUUCUCGAAGAGAGAUAUCGCACGCUAGAAGCGAUUGAAGAGGUUCGACUUCAUACUUCCAACUCACAACAUACUAAGGAGCCCAGGAACCCACAGCCGAAAAGGGUAAACUCCUUUGGAACGCAAGUCGGCCCACGUGUACGCUCCUGUGAUCUCUGCUCCAGAGAGUCACAUCCAGUUCGGCAGUGUCCUCGUUUCCUCCAGAUGACUCAACCACAAAGAGUAUCAUACAUCAAGCAGAAGCGAUUAUGCCUUAAUUGCUUCGCCAAAGGACACAAUCUUCGAGAGUGCACAAGUAGACACAAUUGUUUUACGUGCAAGGGCCGCCACAACACGCUGCUUCAUAAGGAAAGUCCUGCUACUUCAACCAGCGCAGCGCAGGCUCAUAAUCCAGAUCAGCCCAUUGCGAACACUUCUGUUCAUUUCGCCUCCAAUCGGCAGGGCAUCCUUUUAGGAACGGCCAUUGUCCAAGUCUGUCACCAGGGAGAAAACUUUCCCGCACGGGCUUUGAUAGACUCAGGCUCAGAGGGCACCUUCAUCUCCGAGAAGCUUGCAACACGAAUCAAGCUUCCUUGUCAGGCCGUGAGAACUAGAAUCACGGGGCUGAACCAAACCAACACAGGUGUCUCACAAAGGAUGUGUCAUUUCCAGAUGGGCACGGCGGCGAAGCCGAUGCUCAAGAUAGACACGACUGCGUUGGUGUUGCCCAAUCUGGCCGGGAAUCUGCCGACGAGUUCGAUCGAUCGCAGCAUUCUCGGAAGACUUCCCAAUAUUCCGUUGGCUGAUCCACUCUUUUUCCAGCCCUCCCAGAUCGACCUUCUAAUAGGGGCGGAUAUUCUUCCGUCUGUCCUCCUCUCAGGCUUGAAGCCAAACUUAUGUGGGUCACUGCUAGGGCAAGAGACCAUUUUCGGGUGGAUUUUAACCGGCCCAGUUUCUACAGCCACUAGUAGGGUUUCGUCCUUCACAACAAAGAUAUCCAUAGAAUCGGAACCUACCAUGGAGACACUUCUCACAAAAUUUUGGAAGGUGGAGGAUCUUCCAUGUAAAGUGGUAAAGGAGUCGGACAACUUGUGCGAAGAAAACUUCGCUCGAACGACUAUCAGGUCUCGGGACGGGAAAUAUGUAGUAUCCCUACCCUUCAAGGAUGCUGAGCACAUCAACUUGGGGCAUUCCAGAUCAUUCGCUCUCGCACAAUUCCUAAGGAAUGAGACUCGCCUGAAGAGGGAUCCUAUUCUCAAAGAUACCUAUGACUCAGUGAUCAAAGAGUACAUAGAUCUUGGCCACAUGAAGCCUGUGCCUCCGAAUACGGACACGGUGAAUUUUUAUCUUCCCCACCACGCGGUUUUCAAGCCCGAAAGUACUACCACAAAGGUUCGUGUGGUAUUCAACGCAUCCAGUCCCUCGUCAAAUGGGAACAGCCUGAAUGACAUCCUGCAUCCAGGGCCAGUACUUCAGUCCGAUCUCACCCUCCAGAUCCUAAAGUGGCGAACAUUCCAAUUUGUCUUUAAUGCCGAUAUCACCAAGAUGUAUAGGCAGAUUCUCCUAAACCCUGCACACACCGCUUUUCAGAGAAUUCUCUUUCGAGAUGAUCGUGGGGACAUCAGAGACUAUGAGCUUCAGACUGUCACGUUUGGAGUUAAUUGUGCCCCGUUUCUAGCUUUACGAACGUUGCGGCAGCUGUCCGAGGAUGUCCACGCCCUAUAUCCACGGGCGUCUCGAAUAAUUUCAGAUUAUAUGUAUGUGGACGAUGUGCUUGCAGGAGCCCACACGAAGGUCGAGGCUACUUUAGCCAUUCAGGAGUUGAGGACAGCUCUGAGCUCCGCAGGAUUUCCUCUCCUCAAGUGGACAGCAAAUGAGCGAACGCUCCUAAAGGCACUUCCUUCAGACCACCUGCUCUCAGGUGACUUCCUCGACAUCGAAGAGGUGAGCACCACGAAAACGUUGGAAGUACGGUGGAACGCCAAGGCGGAUGAGUUCUAUUUUGUCCCGACUGAGCUUGUUGUCAAUGCGAAUUAUUCCAAGCGCAACGUCCUAUCGCAAAUCGCAAAACUGUUCGAUCCCGCUGGAUGGUUGUCCCCAUUUGUAGUCCAGGCCAAGAUCCUAAUGCAGGAUGCAGAGCCGGCAUUGGAUGGGACGAGUUUCUCCCUGCAGAGCUACGGCAACGCUGGCAUGAUUUCCUUUGCAGCCAUAGUUCCCUCCACAAGGUUCGCGUCCCGCGUUGGGUACAAUUCCGACCGGGAGCACAAGUUCAGAUCCACGGCUUCUGUGAUGCAUCUCAGAAGGCCUAUGGGGCAGCGAUUUAUGUUCGCAUCCAAUACGACGGAGGCAUUUCGUCGAGUCUGCUCACUUCAAAGACUAAAGUCGCCCCUGUCAAAACCGUUUCACUCCCGCGCUUAG